AACAUGAUCAGAGAUCAGUGGGACAAACUUCCCUGUGUCUGUUGUGCUGCCCGGACAACUUUGCAAAGACGGAAACAGAUUUGCUUUUGUAGUUAGACGCACCGUAUAUUUAUAGUAAAGCCUGUUUAGACGCUCACACUGGUUCAGUAAGUUAUGUUUGUAACUUGAUGCCGAUGAUGAGAGCGAAGAGUUGGUGAUGGAGACGCACCUGUUGAGAUUUGUGGAGCGGGUACGCUGUCUGUCAGGAGAUCAGCUCAUCUCCAAUGAGUUCGCCUUAGUGCGAAAGAAGAGCACGUCAAUCAAAGAAGACUAUGGCCUGACCACCGUGGCAGGAGGAAUCAAUGGAAAUGUGAAGAAGAACCGCUAUAGGGAUAUUUUGCCCUAUGAUCAGACCCGAGUGUGUUUGACUCCAACCACAUCUGAAUAUGAGUCUGAUUACAUUAACGCCAGCUUCAUCAAGGGAGCGUCUGGAGACAGGACAUGUAUCGCUACUCAAGGUCCUCUGAGCAGCACUGUGGUGGACUUCUGGCGCAUGAUUUGGCAACACAAUGUUAAGGUCAUAAUCAUGGCUUGUAGAGAGUUUGAGAUGGGAAGGAAAAAAUGUGAGGCCUACUGGGCAUCAACCACAGAGACAUCCGUCUUCGGCCCCUUUACUGUCUCGGCUCUCGAGGAGUCCCGUUCAAAUGACGAAAUCAUUGUUCGGACGUUGGUUGUUCAACAUUCUGAUGAAACUCGCAAAGUUUCUCACUUCCAGUACACCGCCUGGCCGGAUCAUGGAAUUCCAGACGUGCCGGAUGGCAUUCUGGGAAUGAUGGAGCUGGCUCGCCAGAAGCAGGGCGACCAGACGGACCCUGUAGUCGUCCACUGCAGCGCCGGCUGUGGUAGAACGGGGGUCAUUUGCGCUAUUGACUAUGUCAAAGAUCUACUGCUUACAGAGCAAAUCAAGGAGCAUUUUAAUAUCUUGGACCUUGUGUUAGAGCUCAGAAGACAACGACCUUCAGCCGUGCAGACCAAGGAACAAUAUGAAUUUGUCUAUCAUACAGUGGCUCAGAUGUUUCAAAAGUUCAUGCACAAGCAAAACAAAGACACCAAGACUUCAGACUCUUUCUACAUCAAUGCGCUUUCCCCGAAGACUCCUGUGAAAUCAGGAUCGCUAAGCAUCGGCGUAUCUCCAAAACCAAGAAAUCCAGCUCUCAAGCCCCGACUGUCUUAUCCUCCGCAGACCAGUAUGAACAACACUUACGCUGUGGUCAACAAGCCCAAACUGCUUCCGCCCACCGUUCAUCACUAUGACAAUGCUAAUGCAGAUAAGAGCAAUAACAACGCUCUCUAUAGUACAGUCAAACCUAAAAACAGACCUGUAGCAACUUUAUCCCCUGCUUUACCAACCACACCUGCCAACGACAGAGCAACAGCCAAUCAGAGAGGAGGGACGGCACCCAAAGUGAUAGACAGUGAUGGUUAUGAGGUAUUGCCAGGGGAGUUAAGGUCGAUGAACAGAGACGCACAGCUACCCAAUCAUCUGUCAAGAUCUUCAAGUGCAACUGAGAGUCAUUCCUCUACAGACGACGGUUAUGAAUAUUUGACGGCCAACGUGAAGGAGACCAGCAACGUGUUUUCACCCGGCAGUCUGGGUUUCAACAGCCGAGUCACGAAACCCAAAGGCCCUCGAGACCCUCCGGCCGAAUGGAGCCGCGUAGAAAGAUGAAACAGGUUUAGGGUUGUUCAAAACCAACAUUAGAUGCAGUUGUUUUAAGACUGUAACCCUCAGUGAUUUCAGGGCAGUUUUGAUUUAAUAUAUAUUUUUAUAAAUAUUGUACCCGAGAUAUUUUAAAGCUGAAAAAGUGUGCGAUUUCAAAGAGUCGUCAUAUUUCUUUGCCAUUGUAUUUUUUUCUUAUUUAAUCCUGCAUCUUCAGUAGAUGUCAUUGUGUAAAUGUUGUAGAUUGAGCACAUAGUUUUAAUAAAUGUUUUUAUUGUACAUGAACUUUAUUUUAAAAGGGAAACUUA